GAAUAUACCAAGUGGCGUGCAUUAGCUUGUGUUGGUUAGCAGGUGUAGUUUGCUAGUAGCUAGACUAGCUUUAGACACUGCCAGCACAUCAGCAUCUAUGGCUUUUAGGGUUUGCCUUGGUGUGACCUUGCUCCUCUUCGUGUGGUCAACUGCAAAAUGUGAUGACAUUCCCGAGGGAGUUCUCGAUAUGGAGUGUUGUGACCGUUUCUUGAUGAUUGCUGUUAAUCUCUCAUUCACUGGGAAUGAACCUCGCUUUAAUGCCGUUGAUGGGACAGGUGUGUACCCCAUCACUAAGCAGUAUGCAGCAGUGUGUGGCUACAGUAUCAGUGUUCUCCCGCUACAGGGCCACGUGGAGCUCCAAGCCUCUUACUUCAGCUGUCACACUGGCAACAAAGAUGACAAAGUGUUCACAUUCAACUUCAACCUGAUUGCAACCCAUGAAGGAAAGUUGGUCACCUAUGCCUUGAACAAGGCCUGUUCUCCCGUUCUCCCCUGGUCUCCCAGAGAGGUUACCUGUGAGACCAACUACAUGGAAGUGUCUGUGAGGCGUGAAGUCACCUGUCCAUCUGAGACAAAGGAAGCUAACUGGCAAGCUGCUCCACAAACGACCUAUGCCUCAAAUGCUUCAGACUGGCAGGUGACCUUGCACGGAGAUGGGGAGAAGUUGAUGCCUAUUAAUCCCUCUAAAGCUCAUAAGCAGGGUUAUGUGAUCCACUUGACAGAUGGAAGGCUGGUAUUUCGUACACCGUAUGGACAACCAGACUCGCUCAGCACUGAGGUGAACGGUGUUCCAGUAGAGGUGGUCCGUGCAACUCUGUUCUCCAGACAAAGAUGGAUCAUCCUCAUAGUCGACCUGGUGGCUGCUUGUUCCAUGGAUGAGGGAUCAUAUGACGACCGCGGCUACAUGGUGUGGGAGACUCCUGAGGUGAUGCAUCCGUUGGGGUCUGGUCUACACAUGACGCAGGUCAACAUUGGACUCAAUGGUGAACUUGAGGAACAGCGGGUUGCAGUGGAGCGGGGCUACAUUGUGGAGAAGCACAACACCACACUGCAGAUCAGCAUCCCCUAUAAUGCUCCUGGGGGAUACAGGAAGAGCUUUGUGUCUGGCAACCUCUACGAGUUCUAUGUCUUUGAUUUCUACUUGGAGCAAAUCUCAGUGGAUGAGGAUCAAGUAGAGACCAGACUUCGCUUCCACAGGACACUGGCCACUCCCCUACUGCCACGCCCUGUUUUCACGGCAAACCGAACGGUUCUUGAGGAGCGCACCUUCACGAUCUACCUCGGCGACGUCCCUGAAGACGUUGAGUUGGCAGCUGUUAAUUUGAAUGGACAAGAACAUACAGUUCCCUUUACAAAUGAGAGCAGCCGCGCCAUCACAAAUGUUGUUUAUCCCAACAACACUCAUGGCUACACCCUGAAGGUGCCUUUUGAUGACCCUGAUGUCAUACAGCAGUACUCCAGAGAAGAUGCAGUUCUUUACUAUAGGCUGGACAUCAACUACACACUGACUGUUCUGCCUGAAAACGAACUGUAUUACCACCUGGCCUCUAUUGAGGCAUUGUUCACAGAUGUCUAUCCUCCAUCGUUGGAUGCCGCCUGUUCCGAGUCUGGGAUCAGCUUCAAACUGGACCACCGGCCUUUUGGCUACCUGUGGGAGCUCCGUGUCGGCUCUGACCCGCUGACGUCAGAGCUGGCAGCCCAGCACGGCUACAUCAUGAGCAAUGAUAGCCAGAGUCUGCUGCUCAAUGUGCCGCUCUUCACUCAUGGCUACAAGUACAAGGACGUUACUUUGAAGGGCUUCUCUGGCACUUUUGAGGUCAUUGUGUGGGAUCGUGAAGCAUCCGAGGUCCAGAGUUCAGCUGUCACGACUUGCCUCUUCUCUGCUCCUGAACUCAUUAUGUGUUCGACUGAUGGGAGGAUGACCGUGGUGGCUGACUUGUCUCUGGCCGUCCCAAGCGGAGGAGUUCCUGCCAGAACCAACCUCCUAGAUAAACACUGUGGCCCCAGAGAGGCAGAUGACACCAGGGCUCUCUUCUCUUUUCCGGUCAACAGCUGUGGAUCCAUAGUCAAGCUUGGCAUGGAAACUGUGACCUAUGAAAACCAAAUUUUCUUCAGCAAGACGUUGCAUGCUGUGAAACAUCAAGCAGACUUGGGCAAUGAGAUUGACAGGGUGACUGUGCAGUGUACAUAUGCGCUGGACACACUAUAUCUCCUCUUCUCAGUGUACAGAUUUGAGUCAAACAAAGAUGGUGUUGGUCGCAUUGUGCAUUCUGCACACUCCAGAGGAGUUCAGAGUCCCCUCAUCUACCCAUCUGCUGAGCCUCAAACACCAGUGCCUACAACCAGAAGACGAGUCUCAAUAAGACCCGGUUACCGCCCCCCUGCUCAUUACAUCAAAGUACCCAGAUAUCUAAACCGUCUCUCAAAGAAAGGCACUAGAUGAUCAUCAGGAAAAAGUGAAUCAACAGUUUGGCUUGUAAUUGUGUAAUUUUUAAAUAAAGCUUAAUAAAUUUGUCUUAAAUA